AUGGCCGCUGCCGCACCAUCCACCCCGGCAUCCGCCCAAUCCCAACCAGAGGAACCCAUCGCUAUCCCCUCGCAUCUCGACGGCAUCGCCUACCUCUACGGCCAUCCUCUUCUCAACUCCUUGUCCCCCCCACUCCACUCAACCGUCUACAAUGCCUUCAAUCUAAACUGGCAGCAAAUCCCCUUGUCCUCCGUGACAGGAACCUCCGCCACCUACCCCCCACCCUACACCAAGUCGCCCUCUAUCGAAAAGUUCCUCGCCUCAAUUCGCUCGAACCCCAAAUUCGUCGGCGCCUCAGUGACAAUGCCGCACAAAGUCGCGAUCAUGCCGUAUUUAGAUGACCUAACUGAGCACGCCCGCCAAGCCGGCGCCUGCAACACUAUCUUCCUCCGCACCGACGCCUCCGGCGCCCGCCAGUACGUCGGCACAAACACCGACUGCGACGGUAUUCGCGAAGCCCUGAUCCAGAAUGCACCGGAUCCCUCGCGCUUCCGCGGCCGGCCAGCCCUGGUCAUCGGCGGUGGCGGCACCGCCCGCACUGCCAUCUAUGUGAUGCGCAGAUGGCUCGGCGCCAGCCGUGUGUACAUCGUCAAUCGGGACGCGGCCGAGAUUGCGGCCAUUAUGGCGGAGGACCGCCAGCGGAACCCAGACCCGAAUGCCCAGGCCCCGCUCAUUCCUGUGACGGAUGCCAAGGAGGCUGCUGCGCUUGAGGCGCCGGCGGCGAUUGUCUCGGGGAUUCCCAAUUACCCGCCUAAGACGCCAGAGGAGUUGAAUGCUCGGGCUGUGAUACAGGCAUUUCUGGGGACGGCGAGUACGGCUGCAAAGCAGCAGGGUGUUAUCUUAGAAAUGUGCUAUCAUCCUGUUCCGUGGACGGAGAUCGCGCAGCUUGCGUCGAAUGGCGGGUGGACGGUGAUUCUGGGGUCUGAGGCGCUGAUCUGGCAGGGUCUGGAGCAGGCGCGGUUGUGGACGGGGAAGGAUAUUGUUGGCACGCCGGGCGUUGUGCAGCGGGUGAAGGAUGUUGUGACGAAGACCAUCGCUGAGCGAUCGGCUAACAAGUCUAGCCUGUGA